AACCAUGUCAGUGGUUGAAAGAAUUUAUUAUAACAACAUGCUAUGUAACAUUACUAUGUUAACUUCUUCUUCAUCAUAUGGGAUGGACCAAAUUCCGUUUAUAAAUUGUCUCUAGAAACCUUGCCGUUUGUCUCUAUCAAAGUGUCUGCAAGUAAACUGCACACCAUCCAUGGGAACAAUGACCACAUAACUAACACCCAAGAAAGCACAGUUUUUUUUUCUGUUUCUCUCCUUAGACCUCAAUGCACUCAGAUUCUUCUGCUCUUUCCUCAUUGCAAGGUUUUGGUUGUAGGGAAGGCAACAUUAUUGUACUAGAUCAAAAUUGAGGAAAACAAAAAUGUUCAAGUCUCAGAAGCAAAACAACAAGCCAUCACCAUCACCCUCAUCUGGAGAAAGGGUUGAUUUCAGAUUCUCCAAUUUCCAAGCCCUUCAGGUACCUAAAGGAUGGGAUAGGCUUUCACUAUCAGUCGUCUCUACUGGAACAGGAAAAGUAAUAGCGAAAUUGGGGAAAGCCAUGGUGCGGGGAGGAAGUUGUCAGUGGCCAGAGACACUUUUGGAAUCUGUGUGGAUAUCGCGAGAUGAUUCCUCAACAGAGGUUGAAGAAUAUCUGUACAAGUGUGUUGUUUCUAUGGGCUCAGCCAGAUCAGGCAUCCUCGGGGAGGCAACGAUGAAUCUAGCAAGCUAUGUGAGCUCGAGAUCAGCCUCUCCCAUUUCGUUGCCCUUAAAAAAGUGUAAUUAUGGGAUAAUAUUACAGGUGAAAAUACACUGCUUAACACCAAGAACAAAACUCAGAGAUGAAGAAUCCAAUGGCUCACAUUCCCUUGUGAAAGAGCAAAGUUUAGAUUAUCAUGACAGUGGUAGAAACUCAAAUGUGUCUAGCAGUUUAUUAGCAGCUGGGAAUGUUGGGAUUCAUGAUUCGGGUUUUAUGUCUCGUCCUGGAAAGUUUGAUAUCCAGGAAAGGAGCUUUUCGCCUUCUGGUUCCUCUGAGAAAGGCUUUUGCAGUGUUGACAAAUUAUUGUUGAAGAAUCACUUAAGGAGUGAAGCUUCCAAGCAUCAAAAUGGACACACUGGAGAAAUCUCUGAGAAUAAUUCGCCCCGAGACAGUUUUCUGUUUGAGGAUCGUUCUGCUUCAAACCGACCAUCUCUUAAUCAGCCCGGUGUCAUGAGUAUAAUGGAGAAAAAUCUGCAACAUUAUGGAAAAGAUUUAGCAGCUCUGACAAAUUCUGGGUCCAGUAAAAAACUCCUGGAAGCUGCUGAAGAUACGAUUGAAGAGCUUCGAGUAGAGGCAAAGAUGUGGGAGAGAAACGCGAGGAAACUAAUGCUUGAUCUCGAUAUACUGAAGAACGAAUUCUCGAAUCAGUCAAAGAAGCAAGCAGAUUUGGUAAUGGAGCUAUCUGCUGCCUAUGCAGAACAUGACAGUCUGAAAAGGGAGAUUGAAAACUUGAAACUAAUAUUGGAGGAGUCAUCAGCAGCAGUGAAACAGGCAACUCUGGAAGAUUCAACUUUUCAGACUAAACAUUUAACUCGUAUCCACGAGGAACUGGAGAACGAGAUAAAACAUCAGCAAGAGUUGAGUAACAGUUUAGCUCUGCAGCUGAAAAGAAGCCAAGAAUCGAAUAUCGAUCUUGUUUCUGUUCUUCAGGAGCUGGAAGAGACCAUAGAACAACAGAAAGCUGAGAUAGAGAAUCUUUCAGAUGCUGAGAAAGAAUAUGAACAUAAGCUAUCUGUCAAGGAAGAAGAAAUAGCUAGAUUGGAAGCAGAAUUGCAGAAGCUGGAAGAUUAUAGUAUAAAGUUUGAAGAAAAUAAGAAUUCUAAGGCAGAGCUUGAAGUUCAGUGUACAAAUCUUCUAAAGGAAUUGUCUGAAAAGACAUCUGAGGUGGAUAGACUCAAGGCUGAUUUUCUGAAAAAAGAAGAAGAAACCAACUUUCUUAUGCAGCAUCGAAGGGAACUCGAUACAAAAGUGGCAGAUCUUCAGAAGAAAAGAGACCAACUCGAAGAAGAUUUGGAAAUAAUGUCCGGGGAAAAUAGCAGCAGUUCCAGAUGCUUGGAUGAUCUACAAAACAAGCUUAAGAUCCUCUGUGAGAAUAAUGAGAUUCUUCAAAGGAAAUCAGAGGAGAUCGAGUGUGAUAACCGCAAACUAGAGAACCAGUUAACGAAGCUGAAAGAAGAGAAUUUGUAUCUAGAAAGUCAAAUGAAGUGCAUUGCAACUGACAGGGAUUCUUGUCACUUGAAACUAGAUAAUUCGAGAUCUGUUGCAAAGAAACUCAAGGGUAAGAUCAUGGAGCUGGAAAUGGAAAUGGAAAAUAAAGUUGCUGGUCUCAAACAAAAUUUAGAAGAGGCCCAGAAUCAGCAGUCAGAAGCUCAAAGAGAAUGUGAACAUCUCAAAGAGGAAAAUCAGAAGUUAGAAGAAUCCAUCAAAAAUCUCCUCGAAGAAGUCAAAAUCCUUGAGAAAUCAAAUUCAGAAUUACGGGCAAAAAAUGUGGAGAUGCAGGAGUACUGUGUGCAAGUGGAUGAUCGGUUGAAGCAAUCUGAGAAAAGCUUGUGGGAUAGCUAUAAAAAGGUUGAAACUCUGGAAGAAAAGCUUAACUCAAUGAUAAAAGAUUUUUCCUUGAAAGAGGAAAAAUUUAAGUCAGAACUGGAUGAACUUGUUCGAGAAAACGAGAUGCAAAUGGAGAAACUUGCACAACAAGAGGUCUCGAGUCAGGAAAAGUUAAAUGAAAUCGAGAGCCUCCAAAAACAAGUCGAGCACUUAACCACAAAAAUCUCUGCAAUGAACGAGGAAAACGAGAGAUCAGCUACUGCAGCUGCAAAUGAAAUAUCUAGCUUGCAGGCUGAUAAGGCAAGAAUGGAAGGCGUUCUUGAAGAGAUUCAAUCAAAAGUUAGCGUAACUGAGAAUGAACUCAACACUGUUCGGAAAAAUUCUGAGUUGAAGGUUCAAGGCUUAAUGAUCGAGCUUGCUGGUUCCAAACAGAGUUACGAGAAGUUGAGGGCUGACCAUGAAAAAACAUUGAAACUAUUAACAAGUUACAGGACAACAGAGGAAAAACUCAAGACAUCAAUGAACGACCUCGAGUUGAAGUUAACUAUUUCUCAAUGCGAGCAUCAACAACUUCUUGAAGAUACAGUCAAUCUUAAAUUCCAGUUGCAGAAAAUAACAGAACUUCAGGAUGAAAUAUUGGAUUUGAGAAAUCAGCUCCACGAAUGCAGGAAUGAAAAGGAAAAGUUAGAAGCCUCAAUGCAGACGAUAUUUGGAGAAAUGAAGUCUGAGAAUUUCUCGUUUCAUGACAAAAUAUCGAGCUUGAAGGAAGCUGUUUUGGUAUCUGAGAACUGCAAAAGAGAGAAAGUUUCCCUGGAAGAAAAACUUUUACAGAUGGAGUACAAUUUGACUGAAAGGGAGGUACAAAAUGAGGGCCUGGGAACUGAACUAACUAAAAUCAAGAGAGAAAACAAAAUAUAUCAGCAGAAAAUUCAUCAACUGGAGGAGGAGAAUAAGCAAAAUUGCAGGAAAACUGGUGAGAAUGGACAUGGUUUUCAUGAUGGAGUCCCUAAUGAUACCACAGUCUGCAUUGAAAAAAUAAAGUUGCUUGAAAGCAAGCUUGCCGAGACUUUGGAGGCAAAUAAGAAGUUCAAAAUCCAGCUUCAGAGGUUCCGAUCAGAGGAGAGGAAAACUCAAGGAGCUUCUUCCAAGCGAGCAAUAGCUGAAAAUGAAUUGGCGGAAAGAGAGAGGUUUGAACAACAGACAAAAUCAUCACUAGAGGCUGAGCUCAAGGACAUUCGUGAGCGUUACUUUGAGAUGAGCCUCAAGUACGCUGAAGUUGAAGCGCAGCGCGAGACUUUGGUUAUGAAACUCAAGACAGCAAAGAAUGGAAAGAAGCGAUCAUCUUGAAUUCGGGAUACAUGACCAUAGGUAACUUCAUCCACAUUUCCACUUAACAAAUUUUUUUAAAAAUUUUUUUUGAAGAAUAAAUGAUGUGAUACCCUGGAAAUAAAACAUAACUUAUCUGAUAAAAAAGCUUUGGGCUAACAGAAAUAUGUCUAGCAACUGAAUCUCCUUACAACUACUCAUGUACAUCGAUCUGUGAUAUAUGUCUAAAUAGUUGAGCAAUAUUUAUGUACCAAUUAAGGAUAUCUAUAUCUAUACUUGUUUUAUUCUAUACAGUAAAGAACCUCGCUU